AUGGCUGCAGGUUAUAUAUUGAAUAAGAAAACGCAAAACAGCGAGAACAGCGACAUAAAACUCGAACCAGGGCCUAAGAUGGAGCCACGAAAUCCUGGUGCCGUUGGGAAGAACCUUGCCGAGGGCUUGGGGGGUCGGCCCCCUCGAGCGGGCGCGACUAAGCAUGCGUCCGCCGAAGUUGACACGGUGCUUCCAGGGAAACCAGCAUUACCCCAACUCACGCUUGUCGAUGCCCUGGGAGCCGAUGGCGGGAACACUGGAAACCUUCUAAUCGAAUGGUAUCCGGAGGGCGAGAUACAGGUGGAGGAUUUCCAUACUGGAACCGUUAGGUUCCAUCUGGUAGAUGAUGGAUCAAAGUUGUGUCCGUCGCUACUCAUCAACAACGAACUGUUCGAGCGCAUGAGGGCCGCCCUACAGGCUAGGAGAACCCUACUCGCCAUGCAAGUAGGCAUCGGCCAAGCACGGGAGGCAAUAGAGCAACGUGAGGACGAGCUUUUUGUCCAAAUUGUGAACUGGAGGGGGGAACGCGACUUGCUCGAAAGGGAUAUGACAGUAGAUGCUGAAGCGCGUGUAAGAGGAAUAAAAUUAAUUGACGAUGAGAUAGCAAGGAAUGAAGGAGACCAGGAGGCGCUAAAAAAUCAGGGCCAAAUCUUGGGAGAAACGCUCGGCAACGCUUAUAGUCAUUGGGAUAGGGUACAAUGGGAGGCGGACCUGAUUCUUGAACGAGCAUUCGGUCAGAUUGGUGUCUUUCCUGUGAGCGACCCACCUGAAGAGCAAUUCCAAGAGCCAACAAUGCAGAGAGAAGCAAUACCAGGCUCGGAGCUAGAAUCGUCGUUUGGGGUUGUUGAAUGGCGCGAAACGGUAGACAACGAUCUUGAGGCGUAUUCCCAGGCUGUCUCAGGCAAGAAUGCCUGGAAGUUCAGCCUACGCGAAGACCCCGAUAGCACUUUCAACAACGAGUACUACGACUAUUUUCCUCGUCCGGAUCCCCGAGAAGCGUGGUGGGGAUUGCAACGAUGCAGAGACGAUCACCGACGAGCAGAAGUAGCCUUCGACUCGCAUCGUGACGAUUACCACGAAGCGUUCCGUAGCUGGAUGAUUGAGCAAAAGGGUCGGAUGUGCCGAGAGUGCCUGGAGUGGGAAUUCGGCCAAGUCUGGGUCAAGCGCGGCGAGGAAAAGACGAGAAAGCUUAAGCUCGCCGAAGAAGCGUAUUAUGAAGCUGUAGCUCGGGCAGUUGAAGCAGGAAUCUAUGUCGACGGCAAUGGUGCCGAGCCAGAUUUUUACGGUGGUGAAGGCGGCAGCGUCUGUAGCCAGAAAAGGAAGCGCAUCGAAGACUGGAUGCAAGGUGGACCGGCCAAAUCCUAUGCUGAAGAGGAGGGCGCAGAGUUGGAGCCGAACCCUUCAGAAAGCUUGAGUGUGCGCGAAGGGGAUCCGAAGCGAAGGAAAAUUGACGAGUACAACGAGCGGGUAGGGCGGGAUUGUUGA